AAAGUUGGGUUAGUGAGCUUUACACUAGAUUUGUUUUUCUCUUUCCGACCAAAUGAUUGACCUGUACCUUGUGGGACUCAUUCAUAUGUGUUUAUUUCAGGUGUCAGAACGUGCAAUUGGCGUCUCGUUUUACGACUGUACGGAUGAAGUCGGCCUUGUAUCGUGCCAGAGCAGAGAACUACCCUAGGAUCCCUCCAACCUUACUGUACCUGGGUGUUCUGUUGGGCACACCUAACAUGCGCCCACUGUGCAGAACAGUCGAUGGUACUGAUUAUAUAUUUAAAGGGGUUGUUGGUUGCCUCGCAUCAAGAACAGUUGCUCUGAUCUUUGCCUCGGGACGAAUGUUACAAUUUCUUCAGUCGAGGAGGAAUCUUCACAGUGAUGGCACGUUCAAGAAGCGUUCCAAGAAACCACAAAUGGCACAGAUUUUUAACAUUGUGACAAAGUAUGGUGAAAAUGUUGUUGCAAUUGUCAGAGUUCUGAUGCUUUCCAGGACCACAGAGGCAUACCUUGAGGUCCUAGAGCAUCUGAAGACUUUGGCUCCUAACAUGGACCCUGAUAGAAUCCACUCUGAUUUUGAGCGGGCAGAAAUGAAUGCUUGGAAGAGAGCAUUUCCAAGGGCAAGGGUUGUCGGAUGUAUCUGGCACUAUGCAGUGGCUUGCAGCUGUUUUGCACAUUCAUUGGGCUUAAGGCACCUUGCUGAUGAAUUUGAAGCUGUGUUUGUCUUUAUAAGGUGUCUGUGUGGUGCGCCUUUGCUCCCAGCAGACUUGAUCUGGCAUGGAGUAAUUGAAAUCUGGCGUGAGGUAGAGCAGACAGAAUGGCGCGACGAAUUGUUGCCUCUAUUCCAAUACUUUGAGAGGGAAUGGAAGCCUCGUGUCAAUGAGCUCUCAGUUUGGGACUGCCCGGAACGAACAAACAAUUGUUCUGAAUCAGAUAACCACACUCUGGCUAAUGUUAUACCACAAAACCGGCCUAAUGUGUUUCAUCUCAUUGGAGGUUUUGUGAAAUUGGAGCAUCUUGCCUGGAGCGACAAAGUAGCCAUUGAUUCUUGUCGUCAAGUGACUGGCUCAAGAAAGUGGAAAACAAUCCACAAUGACAGAGUGGUGAUGCGGGCGUCUGAACUCCUGGAAAAUCGCGAGAUAACACCAGGACAUUUUCUCCAUGUGGCCUCUUAUGCCAUACAUGCAGCUGUUCUACAUGGAUUGAAGAUGAAACGACGGAAUGAUGAAUCCGAUUCAGAUUCUGAUGGAAACUCUGACUCAGACUGACUGAACUCUCCCCCUUUUCGAGCCGGUUCCAAGUGAUCUCAUCGAUAUAGCUGUGAUAUAGCAUCCAAAACAUUGAGUGGCACCUCAAUCUUAGUCCAGCGCCUAGAACUGACUGCAGCUCUCUGGGACGGUGAGCUAUGGAAUGUUGUAGCUCUGUACUAAUACGUUGUAGCCAUGUACUAAUACGAACAAUUCAAUAUUGACAUUACCACUUGGUUCUGGCGAAGAAAAUGAACAUUCCAUAGCUCACUGUCAGUUAAGUGUUUGCUUUUGAAUGUUUGUUUUCAUUCGGAACCUAAUUUGAGGUGCUUUUGAGUGUUUCUAGUUUUUAUUCUAGUACUUGUAUUAGCAGGAGCUUUAACAUUGAAAGUGAAUGACGAACUGCAAAGUGUCUGCUGUUACUUUUAUUCCUGUAGCGAUUCUAGUUCUGUUAUCUUAUUACCAGUUCUUAGAGGAGCUGUCUUUUUAUUCCUGUAGUUUGAAGUUUCACCCGAAUUGCUGUCAAUCUUAUUGUACUCUGUGCCCUACCUGUAGGUGCACUUUUCUUAUACCUUGUUUUAAUGGCAAGUGUUUCAUUUGACGUUAUAAUUGAAAGUAAUUUUGCUUGUUCAUUAAAAGCAUUUUUCACACAGCUGGUCGUGUUUUUUCUCUUUUCUGCCGAAAGUCACUUCUUUUAAUGCAAAGAGAAUUUGUAA